AUGAGAAGUUUUUUGAGUUGCAUCUACCUCUUAGUUCUCGUCGGUUCUCUCAGCUCGGAGACAGAGUUUAAGGAUUCUCUACUCCAGGUAGAAGGUGGAGUAAGAGGACGAAAACUGCAGAUGGUUAACUGGAAGGAUUGGGAUGAACAAGUAGCUAUAUCUCCGUCUGCUCUUUAUAGUUCUCAAGGGGAGGAUGAUGUCGAAACUGUAGAGAUUAGCAGUACUCCUCAGCUUCUGCUUAUGCAACCCUCUUCAUCUUACAGAUUACUUUCCAAGAAGCAGGACCAUGGAACAGAUUUUUUAAUAUUUGAAGCCCACGCUCGGAAACAGUUCCUUCUUCUAUCCUCCUUCCUGAGAACAGAAGAAGGAUUAGUCAACUCCACUAGUCCUGCUCUAUACAUACCAUACAUAGAUGGUAUAUAUCCUGGAGGAGUUCUUCUUAGUAAUCCUCAUCCCAGCAAUAUAUCAGCGAUAGUGUUUGUGAGAGCAUAUGACUCUAAUAGCCCUGUACCUGGAUCCUGCAAUACUGAACCCGGAGUACUUGUCAAACCAUACCUAGAUCUAUCAUGGAAAGAUCAGUUGAUAUAUCUCAGUUUUAACCAGGCGGGUCAGCACAAUAUGAACUGUAUCGGGAUACAGGAGUUCACCUAUCAGGUUUAUCAGUAUUUUCUCCCAGAAGACGACUGCACUCAGAAAUAUUUUGAGAUUGGGUAUAAUGGAUUCGUGGACCAAGAUGAUAUUGUGAACAAUGGAAACUUAGUGACCACCUUAACCCACCACAAGGACCGGAUAUCCUUGGUAAACUAUCCCAGGACCGGACGGAUUAUAGCGGUUAUAGUUAACUCGAAGAACGGUAGUUCUUUGUAUGGUUUAGCUCACACCUACGGUAUUGAACUAGAAGAAGAUAAUGAAGUUUACAACGGUUGUAGUCAUGGAAACUUCUCAUUUCUCUGGGUGUCCUGUGCUCUGGGAGUCUUUGUUGGAACGUUUCUAACCGUUGUGGGGCACAGAUUUUUUAAAUGUUCACAGUUUUUGUUCGGAUUCUACUUUGGAUCCUUGGUUGGAUACAUCCUACUGAGUUUAUAUACGGAGUAUGAUGAAACCAUAACAUUUGUAUUGACAGGAAGUGUUGGUUUAGUUUCUGCUAUUGUAUUCCUAGCUAUCUGGUGGUUUCUAGGUAUACCUGUACUAUCCGUAGUAUUACCUACUCUACUGGUUGGAUUCCUACUAGCUGGCCUACUCAUGUAUAUACCCCUGUGUAGCUAUCCAACCUUCUUCUCAGAUUCAACCUACUGGUUAACAUUCACCUGUAUGAUGUUAGCUCCCACCGUACUAUUCAUUGCAUUCACCCAGAAGGCCAGUAUUAUCAGCUGUGUUGUUAUUGGAACCUUCACCCUGGCUCUAGCUAUAGAUAACUAUACAGGAUCCAACCUCAAGUUUAUCAUUGGAAACGUCCUGCAUCGAGCAACAGUUCCAGGGUUCGGUCAGGCGUAUAGUUGUCCACCUUUACAAAAGAUAGAUCUACUGCUGGGUACCGGUAUAUUAAUCUGUAUAUCCCUGGGCCUUGUUAUUCAGCUGAUAAUUGAACGAAAGAAACCACCGUUUCCUCCAGCUCCCUUCCAGCAGUGGCGAUGGAUUAGGACCCUGGACAGGGAGAAUGAGACUACUCCGCUAUUGGACGAAGAAUCUCCAGAGUCUCCAGAGCAUUUACGACGAGCUCCUGUAGUAGGAUUCAUCCACAACCAGAGUUCUACAGGAGGGAACGGAAGAAGGAUUAAGGGUGGAGAUGGAGCUGGAACCCGACCUAGAGAUAUUUUUAGUCCAACCACGUCCCCGGAUUAA